GCUGGCCUGAAUCUCACAGAGAUCCGCCUGCCUCUUCCUCCCAAAUGCUGGGAUUCAAAGUGUGCACCACCAUCACUGCCCAACAUACAAAUAAUUUUAAACAGAUUUUGGGAGGCCAGUGAGAUAGUUGAGUGAAUCCCAGUGCUUGUCUUAAAGCACGACUGUCUAACUCCAAUCUCUGGAGCCCACAUUAAGGUGGAUGAAAAGGCUCUCAGACCAGGCGGCCUCAGCAGUGAGCAACGCAGCCAUGGCCAAGAUUAAGGCUCGGGACCUGAAUGGCAAGAAGAAGGAGGAGCUGCUAAAACAACUGGACGAUUUGAAAGUGGAGCUAUCCCAGCUUCGCGUCGUCAAGGUGACAGGCGGCGCCGUGUCCAAGCUCUCCAAGAUACAAGUUGUCCGCAAAUCCAUCGCCCAUGUUCUCACCGUCAUUAACCAGACUCAAAAGGAAAACCUCAGGAAAUUCUACAAGGGCAAGAAGUACAAGCCUCUGGACCUGCGACCC